UGAAAUUAUUGCCCCUAAAAUGUUCCUACGGACCAAGUUUUUAUUAAAAGACUGCUGCAAAUUUGUGUACUAUGCAGGGUGCGGGAAUUACUGGUACGAAGACAGAAGUCAUGAAACAAUCCCGUUCAAAUUGUACCGCUUUAUUUCUUUUUCAAUGUACACUGUGAUGAUUUUUCUGGAAAACGCCGCCGCUGUGUUCGGUUCAUUUCCCUCGGCGGAAAAAAACACAGCUGUCAUGUUCGCAGCUAUGCACAAUAUCUUACUCAUUAAAUUCUAUCUCUUCUUUUACCACAAAGUUUCUAUAAGAAAAUUAAAUUCUGAGAUGGGGGCUCUUGGCGAAAAUUUGGAGGAGGAUAAUGUUAUGAAGAAGCAGUACCGGAAAGUGAAAUACGGGAUUUUGUUUUAUGUAGUAACGGUUUAUAUGUCACUCGGAACUUAUGGCCUUGAAAGUACAAGAAAGUCAAUCGUCGAAGGUGUCCCGUUCUAUACUGUGGUGACCUACUGGCCCGCGUAUGAAGACUCCACAAUGAUAGCUGCCAUCUUCCGCGUAUUAUUUUAUAUCACGUGGCUAUACAUGAUGCUCCCCAUGAUGUCCGUCGACUGUAUGCCCAUCACGCAUCUCAUCUGCAUCUCGUACAAAUUCGUCACCCUGCGACGUCACUUCGAAAGGAUUAGGGAGGAGUUUGAUGGUGAUUUAGUGACGAUGAGGAAGGACGAGGCCGAGGAGAAACUGUGGAUUGGGUGUUUGGAGGGAAUCAAGAUGCAUCAAAAGCUAUUGUAUCUCGCCAACGAAAUCAAACGAACAUUCGGAAUAACAAUGUCUCUUCAAAUGUGUCAAAGCUCAGCCUUUGCAGUAUUUCUCUUGCUGCGUUUGGCGCUAUCCCCACACAUGGAUCUCACUAAUGCUUUCAUGACUUUUACUUUCGUAGGAACGCUGUUCUAUUUGCUCGCCCUUAAUCUCUGGAACGCAGGCGAGCUCACUUAUCAGGCUUCACUCCUGUCGCCCGCCGUGUUUUACUGCGGCUGGCACAUGUGCGCGGCGAGACGCCCGCGCCGCGACAUCCGCCGCCUCGUGCUGAUCACGUGCGCGCAGGCGCAGAAACCGCUCGUAUUCAAGGCCUUCGGUAUACAGGAUCUGUCCUACAGCACUUUUGUCUCGGUGGCGCGGAUGACUUACUCAGUGUUCGCCGUGUUCUACCAGAGGGGCGGCUGA